UUCGCUUCACGCUGCAAAGCGAAACUUGCUGAUCGAGAUUCGGCUCAUAAAACAGCUCCGUUUGCUCGGAAAGCUUCGGUUUUUCUGCAGAUCGUCACUGAGUUCAGAGCCGUCAGAGUCCACGAUGUCUGGCCACGGUCACGGUCACGGCCACGGCCACAGCUGCGGGGCGGAGGGGGAGCAUGAGCCCGCAGAGAGGGGCCUGGAGUUCGGACUGUAUCAGCGCAUCGACCUGGACAAGCUGCAGUGUCUGAACGAGAGCAGAGACGGAGAUGGAAGGCUGGUGUUCAAGCCGUGGGACCAGCGGAACCUGCGAGACAAGUACGUGGAGAGUGAUGUGGAUGAAGAGCUGCUGUUCAACAUACCUUUCACCGGCAGCGUGAAGCUCAAAGGCAUCAUCAUCUCCGGGGAAAACGACGACUCUCAUCCAGCAGAGAUAAGGCUGUACAAAAACAUCCCUCAGAUGUCGUUUGACGACACCGGCAGGGAACCAGAUCAAGCCUUCAGACUCAACAGAGACCCGCUGGCUGAGCUGGAGUAUCCGACCAAGAUAGCCCGUUUUUCCAGCGUCCAUCACCUCUCCAUCCACAUCUCUAAGAACUUCGGGGACGAGAACACUCGGGUGUACUACAUCGGCCUCAGAGGGGAAUAUUCAGAGGCGCACAGACAUGAAGUGACCAUCUGUAACUACGAGGCAGCGGCGAACCCGGCGGAUCACAAAGUGGACAGCAUCAUCCCACAAACCAACUUCAUCUCCUGAGGGCUGGAGGAAGAGGAGGAUUAGAGAUUUUAGAGGCGUUCACUGAAUGUCUAAAAGUCAGAGAGUUCGGCGCUGAAUGAGGCAGCGAGGACGAGUUUGAGUGGGAGCGUGUGCUGAAAUCUGGGAAAAAAGUGGCAUAUUUCAGUUGUUUCCGUGGCAACGUGGCGCAAAGGCUCAAUAAAACUGGCAAAGAUGCAUGAAUUUUUUUUUUUUUCCUGUCACUGAUGAAUUUUGCUAUUGAAGUACAGAAAGGCAGGAAAGGGUUGCUUUGCUGUUACAUAAACAUCCCGGUUGCCAUGCCAACAGUCUAGAGUCAUCAUGGGCUCCAUGCUGUCACCUUUUCCUGUUUAACUCGUGAACAACUUUGCCCGACUGUAUUUUUUUUCUCACAUGAAGUCGAUGCUGAAACAGAAAUCUGAAACUAUCCUCGAUGCUUAAUCUUUUUUUUCAUCAUUUCUGCUGCUUAAAAAAAAGAAAUAAACAUU